AUAAUCAGAAGGAAUCAUGGAGUCGCGGCAGCAAGGGCCAGCAACACGAGAUCGAGGACCGUCUUUUAAUUCACCGGAGAGAGAUCGUUUCCAACAUUAAUAUAUGAUACUUUAAUAUACAGGCCAUCUUGCCCGUACGUCUCCGACAGACGUCCGUACUAUGGUUUUAGAUCCCGAUUUUCAAGCGGAAGAUUCAUCACCGGUACCCGACUACACGGUGUAUCCAUCCUUUCCAGCGUUCGCUCUGAUGGGAGGCAAAACAAAUCCAUCACAUACAGGUGCUCGGAGCAGGAAGACACACGCGCUCUGACCGUUUUUCUGUGAAAAGGCUUUUUCUUGUACAUUGGUUGUUACAUUGCCUACGGUUUAUUCCUUUUCCACUGCAAGAAGGAGAAAGGAAAUUGCAGUUUUCCCCUCAACGGCACUGAAUCACUUGACAGUGUUUUAUUUAAUUAUUUGUUUGUUGAUUGAUUGGUUGGUCUAAACAUGUGUAGCUAGGUGGUUAGGGGUGAAUCUGGCGUCAGUAAUUAUUGGGUCAGAACAAUGAGGAAGAGAAAUAGUUAAAACAAGAAGAAUUUCACACAAUAGGAGGACAAUUUGCUUGUUAACAUCUCUCUCGCUUUGGAAUCGCUGUUACUAUAAUACAGGCGGGUAUUCAGUGACUUUCGGGAAGGGGUGCAAAAGACGAAAGGAAAGCAACCAGCGGGAAAACUGGGGGAAAAAUGUUGCCCUCGCAAGAAGCCUCCAAGAUUUACCAUGACAACUACAUGCGGAACUCACGCGCCAUUGGCGUCCUCUGGGCUAUAUUCACCAUAUGCUUUGCCAUCAUAAACGUGGUGGUCUUCAUUCAGCCCUACUGGAUCGGGGACAGUAUGAACACGCCUCAGGCCGGCUACUUCGGCUUGUUCCAUUACUGUGUGGGGAAUGGUUCCCCCAACAGGGAGCUCACCUGCCAGGGCACCUUUGCCGACUUCAGCUCCAUCCCUUCCAGCGCCUUCAAAGCGGCCUCCUUCUUCGUGCUGCUCUCCAUGGUUCUGAUCCUGGGCUGCAUCGCCUGUUUCAUCCUGUUCUUCUUCUGCAACACCGCCACAGUCUACAAGACGUGCGCCUGGAUGCAGCUGCUCUGUGCUGUGUGCCUGGUCCUGGGCUGCAUGAUCUUCCCGGACGGCUGGGACGCGGAGGUGGUGCGGGACAUGUGCGGCGAGGAGACGGGGAAGUACACCCUGGGCAACUGCUCUGUACGCUGGGCCUACAUCCUGGCCAUCAUCGGCAUCCUGGACGCCCUCAUCCUCUCCUUCCUGGCCUUCGUGCUCGGCAACCGGCAGAACGACUUCCUGCUGGAUGAGGUCAAGGCCGAUAACAAAGAUUGAAGUCCGGGACAGCAGAGACCCGAAGUUUGGAGUCCACCGAUAUCCCUGAGCAGACCUCUUGUUCCAGCCCCUCCUUGUUCUUACUCCCGCCCCUUCCCCUUCCCUCUCCCCCCACCCGCUCCUCAGGUCAAAAACCAGGCUUCAGCUUGGAGGCCAUGCAUUCAGCCGUUUGUAACAUAGACCCAGAAUGGAACAUAUAUAUACAUAUAUAUAUAUAUAUAUAUUUUAAAAAAAUAUUCUACAAAAACACAUCAACAUGAGGAGAAAUCUAUAAAUAAAACACAGCAGCAUCGCAAAAGUCAGCACACCUCUGGGAAAAUAACUUGAUACAAAAAUAUUAUUUCUGUUAUUACCAAUAUUCAUAAUAAUGAUUAUGCUUUUCUGCUGCAGUAUUCCAUAAUAUUUGCUCAUUUAUUUUAUUUACAAUGUAGAUUAAAUCCUUAAAUUCAGAUUUUAUGAAAAAUAACUUUUUGGCACACAAAAGUAUUAUCACAGUAGCUUUGGUGCUACUUCAGAACAAAGCAAACAACAGCAACUAAAGGAUUUUCUACAGUAUACAAUACAGUUUAGCUGACUGUCCUUUGAAGAAGACCUGACUGACCUGAACAUUUAGUCUGCUCUCCAAGACUCCAGAGGAAAAAAGUUAUAAAAAUGUUGUAAAUGGUACUUUUCUGAAGAAACAGGGUAAGAACUAUAAGCAUUUUCUGCUGCCCAACAUACUACCCCGAAUCUAUCCUUUGGCAACAAAACUCCAGCUGUCAUGACCUGAAACCAGGUUUUCCAAGUUUGUAUUUUCAAAUGUUUUAGGAACCAGCAAUUUAUUUCUGGACAAAACCUAAUUACCAUGACCAUUUUUACCACGUAAUCCUCCUCCAGUUGAAAGUCUGAGGACUUCUGAGGACGUCACGUUUGAGAAGACUCCGAUUUAGCCAAACCACCAACCUCCAACCCUGACUUAGUAUUGCCAUUGUCCAUCUGAAGUGCUCCCUGACACCCUCUUGACUGCUCUCAGUUCACUUAAUUGUUAUUUCAACCUCAGUUUAUUCUGUUUAUGUGGUUAUUUUCCAAAUUGAAAGAAAAAAAAAGCUUGGAUGACAGCAGAAGGCCUUCAGAUGACGGUGAUCUUUCUCCUGGUUUGAGUGGCUCGCGGAUUCGGGCGGCAUUUUCCGCUGCGCUGAGAGGGAAAGCCCUGUAUGCUGCGCCUUCCUUGGACGGCCCCUCGCCCGAGACACGAGAGCGGCGGUGGUCCAUUUCCCGCGAUAGUUUCCGUUUUCCCACAUACAGCACCGUCACAGCGACGGUCACACGCUGUGCUGUCUCGAUCUGCUCUGCGGCCUCGCCCCCAUUCCCGCUCGCACCUCUAUCCACAUUCGGAAAAUUACCAAGUGCUUCUGCCGGGGGAGGGGGGGGGGCUUUUUGUUUUGGAAGCACAUUGUGUUAGAGGUCCUCAUGUUUUCAAGUGUUACAUUUGUUUAGCUUUAGUCUGACUUUGUAGUGUUGUCUUGCAGACAAGGUUGUCCACCUUCUCUCUCUUAUUCCUGAACAGUGGAAGAGGCAGAGAGACCUGGACUCCUGCAAUUGGUUUUCCUGUAAGAUCCAUUAAAGGCCCAUUAAGAUUAAGUUGAUAACCAAAAAAAAAAAAAAAAAAAAACAGGGGAA